UGGCCUGAAAGACUUUCUAAUUAGCGAUAACAUUAUUAAUAAUACCUCAAAUUUUAUGAUAAUUCUCAAAUUACAAAAUCCUUUGAUUACUGGGAUUUUGAGGCUUUCAAAACUCUGAGAUGUGGCGGCUAUUAUCCCCAUUUAUAGAUGAAGAUACAGAGGUUAGGUGACUUACCCAAAGUCACACAGGUAAUAGAGAAACCAAGUCAAAAUCCAAAUUUCAUUAUUCUAAUUCCUGAUAUAAUCCAUGUUGUCUCCAAAAGCAGUGUAUGUGGAUUCCAUAUAAGAUCAUUGGACUCAGUUAACAGUGAAAGGCUGUAGUAAAAUUGAGCAUUGAAUGCCUGAGAUGAUUGUUCUGGUAAUUCCCUGCUGCUACCUUUUCUUCACCUGUCAGAACUCUAUUCCUUCUCAUUUCAUUAAAAUAUAGAGGUGGUCCAACUGUCAGAUUUACACCCUUCUUCAUAGAAUACACUAGUCAAAAAAGGCAUUAAAUGAAUGUUUGACUAGUUGGGCAUAAAUUGUAGCCUACCUGGUGUGCUUAGGUAUAUGCCAAAUUUACCUGAUUUUGCUGCUUUGUGUGCUGGUCAAGAGCUUUGGGACAUGGACACAUCCAUUGGUAGCCACAACUGCUGAGUCUGAGUGUUGGAAUACCUGAGAGAUAUGGAAGAUGCAAGAUGUGGGAGGAAGGAAAGGUAGAGAGCCUGUAUUUGAGGAUAAUGAAUCAAAUUUCACAUGCCCGUUUCCAUCUGUUUUCCAGGAUCUGCAUGUGCACAAAUUCUUCCAUCAUUGCCAGCUGAUUCAGUCAGGCUCUAAAGAAGUUCCAGAGGAGCUCAUUAAAUAUUUAAAGUGUUUGCAUGCCAUGGAGAUCCAAGUCGUGAUACAGUUUCUACCUGUAAUUCUUAUGCAACUCUUCAGAGUUCUCACAAAUAUAACCCAUGAAGAUGACGUUCCUAUCAACUGCACUGUGGUUCUUUUACGUAUUGUAUCAAAGUGCCAUGAAGAAGGCUUGGAUAAUUAUUUAAGGUCCUUCAUAAAGAUACGUGGAUAUAGCUUCCGACCUGAAAAACAAAGCACUCCUCAGGCCCAGCUGAUACAUGAAACUCUGGCUACUAUGAUGAUAGCAAUAUUGAAGCAGUCUGCAGACUUUUUAGCAGUAAACAAACUGCUAAAGUACUCAUGGUUUUUCUUUGACAUUAUUGUGAAGUCGAUGGCCACGUACUUGUUGGAAGAAAAUAAAAUUGAGCUUCCUAGAGGCCAGAGGUUCCCUGAGGCAUACCAUCAUGUCUUACAUUCACUGCUUCUCGCAAUAAUUCCACAUGUGACUAUUUGAUAUGGAGAGAUUCCUGAUGAGUCCAGAAAUGUCAAUUAUAGUUUGGCUAGCUUCCUGAAGCGCUGUUUGACACUAAUGGAUAGAGGAUUUGUUUUCAAUUUGAUAAAUGACAAUGUAUCUGGAUUCAGCCCCAAAGAUCCUAAGAUCCUGGCUGAAUACAAGUUUGAAUUUCUGCAAACAAUUUGCAACCACGAACAUUACAUUCCUCUGAAUUUGCCAAUAGCAUUUGCAAAACCUAAACUGCAGAGAGUUCAAGAUUCAAAUCUUGAAUACAGUUUAUCUGAUGAGUAUUGCAAGCAUCACUUGUUGGUCGGCCUACUUCUGAGGGAAACCUCCACUGCUCUUCAAGACAAUUAUGAGAUCAGAUACACAGCUAUCUCUGUCAUAAAGAAUCUUUUGAUAAAACAUGCAUUUGACACUAGAUAGCAGCACAAGAACCAACAAGCCAAAAUAGCACAGUUGUACCUUCCAUUUGUUGGACUGCUUUUGGAAAAUACACAAGGAUUAGCAGGUCGAGAUACCUUGUAUUCUUGUGCAGCCAUGCCUAAUUCUGUAAGUUUAUCCCAUCGGGAUGAGUUUGCACGUGGCUUUGCUUCACCUACAAGCAGAGGGAGUCUGAGCACUGACAAAGACACUGUUUAUGGAUUAUUUCAAAAUGGCCAUGGAAUUAAGAGGGAAGAUUCAAGAGGUUCCCUCAUUCCAGAAGGAGCAACGGGAUUUCCAGAUCAGGGCAACACUGGUGAAAAUACCCGACAGAGUUCUACAAGGAGUAGUGUAUCCCAGUAUAACCAUCUGGAUCAAUAUGAAAUCAGAAGCCUCCUGAUGUGCUACCUGUAUAUUAUAAAAAUGAUUUCUGAAGAUACUCUUUUAACUUACUGGAAUAGAGUAUCUCCUCAGAAGCUCAUAAACAUUUUCAUACUUCUAGAAGUAUGUUUGUUUCACUUUAGAUACAUGGGGAAAAGAAACAUAGCAAGGGUGCAUGAUGCCUGGCUGUCUAAACACUUUGGAGUAGACAGAAAAUCACAAACCAUGCCAGCUCUUCGAAACAGGUCAGGAGUAAUGCAGGCCCGGCUUCAACAUCUUAGUAGCCUGGAAAGUUCGUUUACACUUAAUCACAGUAAGUUCUGCAACACUGAAGCAGACAUUUUCCACCAGGCACUUCUUGAAGGCAAUACUGCUGCUGAAGUUUCCCUAACAGUACUGGAUACCAUAUCGUUUUUCACUCAGUGCUUCAAGAGCCAACUUUUAAAUAAUGAUGGCCACAACCCAUUAAUGAAAAAAGUGUUUGAUAUUCAUCUUGCUUUUCUUAAAAAUGGACAAUCUGAAGUGUCGCUGAGACAUGUGUUUGCCUCUCUGAGAGCUUUCAUUAGUAAGUUUCCCUCAGCCUUUUUCAAAGGAAGGGUAAACAUGUGUGCUGCAUUUUGCUAUGAGGUUUUAAAGUGCUGUACCUCAAAGAUUAGCUCAACCAGGAAUGAAGCAUCGGCACUUUUGUAUCUUUUGAUGAGAAACAACUUUGAGUAUACCAAAAGGAAAAUCUAUUUGAGGACACAUUUGCAGAUAAUAAUUGCUGUAAGCCAGCUGAUAGCUGAUGUAGCACUAAGUGGAUGAUCAAGAUUUCUGGAGUCUUUAUUCAUUAUCAGUAAUUUUGCAAAUAGUGACACACCUAUGAAAGCAACUGCUUUUCCCACAGAAGUCAAAGACUUGACCAAGAGGAUCCGUACCGUUCUUAUGGCCACUGCUCAAAUGAAGGAGCAUGAGAAAGACCCUGAAAUGCUAAUUGAUCUCCAAAAUAGCUUAGCCAAGUCCUAUGCAAGCACCCCAGAGCUCAGGAAAACCUGGCUCGAUAGCAUGGCCAAGAUCCACAUUAAAAAUGGAGAUUUUUCAGAGGCCGCAAUGUGUUAUGUCCAUGUAGCAGCUCUGGUUGCAGAGUUUUUUCAUCGAAAAACCCAAAUAUUGCAAGAAGACACAAUGCAUUCUCCCUGGAUGAGCAACACAUUACAUGUAUUUUGUGCAAUUAGUGGUACAUCAAGCGACACAGGUUAUGGUUCCCCAGGAUACGCUGCUGAAGUAUGAGGACAUGCAGAUGCAAAAUGAUGAGACUGACCUUUCUCAGGAAUAUUUGGAGCUGUGCAAAUGUUAAAAUUUAAAGAUUUGGUAUACAUGGAGUGUUACCUCCUGACACCAAAAUAUUUAUGCUUUCAAACAGGGUGCUUACAUAUUUGUAAAUAUUUAAGCAACUUGAAAGUGCCUGGAACAUUGCACCAAUGUGCUUGGUUUGUACUUUUUUUAGGUAAAUCUAUAUACUGAAAAGUAGAGCUCAAAAAUGUUAAUUCAAUUUGCUUAAUUAUUGCUUAAAAUAAUGGUACUGUAUAAAGUAUAAUGGAACUCAGUAAAAAGUAAAACUUAUUCAUAA